CUCAGCCAAGCCCCUCUCGGGCUCCACAAGGGGGAGCGGGAUUCCCGGGCAGGCCGGCGGGGAAGGCGGCCUUCUGCCUCGGCGGGAUACUGGAAGAACAAGCAAAUGAUGUAUUGCAGGUGACCUGGAGAAAAUGAAAGGCGUGAGACUCGAAUGAGGAGAUAGCUGCCCCACGGCAUGAAACAAUGGUGUCUUGACUUAUGUUUGUGCCGGUUCAGGUUGCUUUGCCUUUACCAGGAGUUUCAGAAGUAUUUCAUGGCUUGUCGGUAAUAUCAGAGAAGAUGAGAUUCAACCGAAAUUUGCUCAGAUAAGAAUGGGCCCCGAUGUGCCUUUACUAAAUGACCACAAGCAAGAAUUCCUCCUGAGGCGGUUUCCUCAGACUGUUUUGGGUGGCCCUCGGUUUAAGCUGGGGCACAGCGCACCUUCUUACAUCUACUUGAAUCAGAUUAUUCUCUUCCUGAUACCAUGGGUGCUGGGAGGAGUGGGGACUCUUCUAUAUCAGUUAAGUGUUCUUCAAGAUUAUUGCACAGCUGCACUUUCUGGAGGACUCAUGCUCGCUGCUGCUAUUGUUGUCCAGGCGAAAGCCUUUUAUGCAAAGCAGAGGACCACAUCCGUGGAAAGGGUGCAGAUCCACAGUAUCCUAACCGAUGAAGACGAGUGGGAGUUUUCUAGCUGUCUGGGAUCAGAAACGGUGAAAUUUAUUAUUCCAGGCAAGAAGUAUGUUGUUAACGUGAUCUGUCACUCGUUUCUUGCUGGCGUACUGUGUGCCUUGGGAACUUGGUAUUUGCUGCCAAACAGAAUCACUUCGCUGUACGAUGGCAACAUCGGAGCUUCUGUUGCGGUCUUUGUGUUUGGGUGGGUGACGGUUUGCAUAGGGGAGUACUCCUUGAUCAUCAAUACCCCUUCAGAGACUGCUGCUUUCCAGGCACUGGACACCUACGAAAUUAUGCCUCUAAUGAGACCUUUCUACAUUUCUGUCUUUGUCGCGGUGGACCUUGCUCACAGGUUCAUUGCUGACGUACCUGAUUUAAAGCUGGCAAACCAGAUUUUGCACAUUGUGUUUUUGGUUUUGCCUCUCUUAUGGACCCUGGGGGUUCUGCCUCCACUGGAUGCCCUUUUUCUCUGGGGAAUGGAGCAGGUGCUGGAGAUUGGCCUCGGAGGUUCGCCCAUGUCAAGUAACUUAAGGCUGCUAGCGAUGGUUCUUGUUUCUGCAGGAACAGCUGUUACAUCACAUUUCAUCCCCAGCUCUGUCGGCAUAGUCCUCUUCAUGACUGGAUUUGGAUUUGCAUUGAGUCUUAACCUCAGUGAGAUUGGCUUUGCCCUCAAGGAUGCUGUGAUCCACUGUCUAGCUGCUAAGAAAUUUAAGGACAGACCUGCUUGUUGUAAGACACAGUUGAGAUGGAGGGAAUUAAUUUUCCAUUUAACUGUCUUCACGUUGGCUCUCUUGGAAGCUAGCCUUUUGCACUCCCUGCUUGGUUCUCAGGUGUUUUCUGUAACCAGUCUCCAGGCCAUUAUGAGCUACGUGUUGAUAGUACUGCUCCUGGCUACGUGGAUUCUCCGAGAGAUUCAGACCGUGUACGUGUUUGGAAUCUUCCGGAACCCGUUUUACCCAAAGGACGUCACAGCUGUGAAUGUGUUUGUGGAGAAGCAAAAAGGACUUUCAAAAAUCAGUGCUUUCAGAAGGAUUUUAACAAACCUAGUAUCACCGUUUGCUAUGAUAGCGUUUCUUUCCCUGGACAAUUCUCUGCAUCAUCUCCCGUCUGUGUAUAUUUCCAUUGGAUUCUCAAGAAGCUUUAGAAUGAUAUGGCAAAAUACAGAGUGUGCCCUCUUGGAUAUGGUGGUUGUGUCCACGGUGCAGCUGCUGGUAUUCAAUACCGGCCUUUGGUGGAACAGAAGCAUCGAUACAGGAACCAGACUCUUACUGGUUGGGUUUAUCCGGAAUCGACUGUUUCAGUUUGUCUCAAAAUUACAAUUUGCAUUCACAAUUCUCCUGACAUCAUGGACAGAAAAAAAACAGCGCCGCAAGUCCUCUGCAACCCUGAUCACGCUCAACGUUGUCUUCUUCCCUGUUGUCCUGUCCCUUAUAGCGUUCUCUGCUCUGCUGUCUUCCCCUUUGCUGCCCCUUUUCAGCCUCCCAAUAUUUCUGAUUGGCUUUCCAAGGCCUGUCCGAAGCUGGCCAGGACCGGUGGGCGUGACUGCCUGUGUGUGUCAUGACACAAUAUAUUAUCAGCAAAUGGUUCCAAGUUUGGCUGUGGCUUUGCAAGCAGCCUUGUCAUCUGGUAGCUUGGGCCUCUGUUUACCUGGCUCUCACUACCUGUGCCGAUUUCAGGACAGACUGGUGUGGAUAUUGGUGCUAGAAAGAGGCUUCACUUACUGCUUGGUUAAUAUAAAGGGUCUAGAAUUGCAGGAGACCUCCUGCCAUACCGCUGAAGCUCGUCGAGUCGAUGAGAUUUUUGAAACAGCUUUUGAAUAUGAGGAGCAUGCUCAGAGUCCUUCCUUCAACCAUCACUUUGGGAACAUUUUAACACCCUGCACAGUCCUGCCUGUGAAACUCUAUUCAGAUGCCAGGAGCAUCUUGUCUGGAAUAAUUGACUCGCCUGAUAACCGGCGGCAGCUGAAAGAUGACUUCAUAAAAGUCCUCUUAUGGGUGCUAGUGCCGCACUGCUAUAAGAAGUUUAAAACGCAGAAGAUGUUUGAAGAAGCCACCAGGCAAGAGUCUUUCUCAUUAAACCCACCUGAAGUUUUGAUCAAGACCGUAGAAAGAACAAGCGCCUGGAAGGAAGAGGACAGUCUCAGUAUGGAUUCAGUAGAGGAUUGGACUGAUGACAACAACCUUUUUGAUCCCCAAUCUGGCAAAAGUGCCCCGGAAACAAAAGGAACUGUGCCAAGACCCUUCUCGUCUCUACCAGGCUCAGUAGAAAUACACACUGUAGAAGAUGAACUAGCAGAACCUACUGAUGUGAAUAAACUCUACAAAGCAGUGGUUCUUGGGCUUCCUGCUGUAGACACUGGAAAGCUGGAAGUGUUGAGGCUGCCCCGUGUUUCAUUUAGUAGCCCCUACUCCGAGCUGUUGGCCGUUCCUGAGCAGUGGAGUACAGCACCCUUUCCAGACGCCAAACUUAACGAGAUGAGGCAAAGCUUCCCAGAAGACUGGUUCCACUUUGUACUCCGCCAGCUGUAUUUCUCUCACUUAAAAGACGAUCAUUUCAGUUUGCUUGGAGACCUUGUUAAAGAUGCCACUUUGCGGGAUGUGUACAUCGAGGUUGUCCUGUCCUGUUACAUCGGUAUGUUUGGAUCAGAUAACACUGUUCUGUCUGCCGGUCAGAUAUUCAGAACAUACAGUGGAGGCAUCCCGUGGUCGGUUUGUAUGGAUUGGCUAAUGGAAAACCAGGAGCUGUUUCAGCUGGCAUUAAAAGCAUUCAGAUAUGCAGUUAAGCUUAUGGUAGAUAAAGCAAGCCUGGGUCCAGUUGAAAACUUCAAGGAGCUGCUGCACUGCCUGGAAGAAUAUGAAAAUGACUGGUUUAUUGGGUUGGUGUCUGAAAAGGAGUGGCAGCAGGCAGUUUUGCGAGAAAAGUCGUAUCUGUUUUCCUUGGGGCACGAUGCUAAUAUGGGCGUUUACACCAGCCGAGUGCUUACCCUUCAGGAAUUCCCAGUGCCGGUGGGGAAGCUGUGCGGUGAAGCCGUCCGAGGCCAGUGGGCCAACCUCUCUUGGGAGCUGCUCUAUGCCACUAACGACGACGAGGAACGCUUUAGCAUCCAAGCACAUCCCAUCCUCCUGAGGAACCUGACUAUACAAGCAGCAGAUCCCCCCCUCGGCUAUCCUGUUUAUUCCUCUGAGCCUCUCCACGUGCCUUUGCUCUAGGACUUUGGUUUCUGCAGAACCAAAUGCAAAACUGCACUUUCGUACUAAAAACUACUCUCUUUGAAAGAGCAAGGAAAUCUUAUUCACAAAGAACCUGGAACAAUUCUAUUUUUAGGGGGGUGGGGAGAGACAUGUCUCGGUCAGUACCAGGAGUAUGUAUGUUUGAUCCCAGGUUGAUCGCAACUGGUGAUUUGGAGGACGCUGGGAAGGAAUCUUAAUGCAGGCAAUAAGCUCUUUGUGUACUGUGUGUGAACUUAAAUUUGUUUGAAAUCAGUAUCCUAACAGGUGACUUGCCCCAAAAGGCAAGUUACGGCGUAUUACAGAUUGCAAAGCCAUAAGAAUGAAUACCAAAAUACUUCUGUGAUUAAGGUUAUUUUUCUGAUUUUGAUACAAUAGACUGAGAUGUUACCAUUUGUAACGGUAUAUUUUAUUUGCAUCAAAGGAGUACUUGAAAACAUUGAAUAAUACAUCUCUAUUUACCCCACAAAAUAAG